AUGUCCACGCCGUUCCGGAAGAGUAAGAGAACACCGCGAACACCACCACUGUCUCCGUCGCCGUUGCCGACACCAACACUACCAAAGACUCCGUCGACGCCGCGAGUGAAGUCUGUGGCCGAACAAAAGUCGGAAAAGAAGAAGAAAGAAGAAAAGAGGAAGAUGGAAGCGCAACUCAAGGCGCUAGUGAAGCAGAGAGAGGCAGUGCGUGGAAAGCUGCUUCGUGUGCGUGCGGCCUUGAGAGACAGCGAGGAGGAACCGAACCCGAACGUUCGAAACGUUCACUUCCUCCAGCUGCAGAAGCGGGCUUUGGAGAACAUUUACGGCGAGUGCAAUGAGGUGCAGAACAAAAUCUACGCACUGCCGCUCUCUGAAGACCAAGACACAGUGCAAACCGAGAAGUAUGUGGAGUUCGAGGGUGUCUUCAACGACGUGUCGCUGAAGUUGAGCACGCUGAUCGAUGUCGUGCCGAAGGCGGAACCAGCUGCCCCAGCGGCCGGAGCGCCGGUCCAGCAGCCAGCCCAGCCCUACCUCCCACCGCUGCAAGUGCCCUUGCCCAAAUUCGAUGGGUCGUACGAGAAGUGGUACGCGUUCAAGGCGCUGUUCACCACUCUGAUGAACCGCUACCGACAAGAAGAGCCCGCCCUGAAACUCUACCACCUGCGGGACUGCCUCGUAGAGAAAGCAGCCGGAAUCAUCGACGACGAGAUGAUCAACAACGAUUACGACGCCGCCUGGGCGCUCCUCACGUUGCGCUACGAGGACAAGCGGAUCGUUGUGGACAAGCUCGUGGAGAAACUCUACGGUCUACCGAAGAUCAGCCAGGAGGAUGCUGCGGAGCUGCGGAAGGUGAUCGACACCUGCACGAAGAACGUUGACGCCUUGAAGAACCAGGAACUACCGGUGGCUGGGCUCGGCGAGCAGAUGCUGGUCAACCUCAUCGUGGGCAAGAUGGAGAAGAAGCUGCAGGUGUCCUGGGAGGCCAAGCAGAAGAAGAACGUGCUCUCGACCUACGCUGCGUUGAUGGCGUUCCUGGAAGAGCAGUGUCGAAUCUCCGAGAAGCUCGACACCAAAGUGAAACCUGUGAAGGAGAGUGCGAAGCCGAAGACGGCGGGAAGAAGCCACACGCUGGCAGUGAGUGAUUCGAGAAACGAACUAAAGUGUCCAGUGUGCAAGGCCGCUCACGAACUGUGGAAGUGCGAAGCCUUUAAGAACAAAAGUGUCAGUGACAAGUACGAGAUCCUGAAAAAGUGCGGCGCCUGCUUCAAUUGCUUGAUGAAAGGCCAUCGAACCCGCGCGUGUUCGUCCGGCUCUUGUCGCCACUGUGGCAAGAAGCACCACAGCUCGCUCCAUGAGGACAGUCCCAGCCAGGUCGCGAACAGUGCAGCUCCGACGACGCCAGCGUCCGAAGUGUCCCAGACGGUCAACACACCAGCAGCGGGAACGUCGACAACCCUGUGCGCGAGCGCUGCGAGCUCGGAGAAGCAAACCGUCCUCUCGACUGCCCUGGUUCUGGUUGACGGCCAGUGCAGCACUCCCAUCCCGUGUCGUGUGCUACUCGACUCCGCCUCGCAGAUGAAUUUUGUGACCGAGCGCUUCGCGAACCUUCUCUCCCUGAAACUGAUACCCGCUGACUUCACGGUCAGUGGUCUGAACGGCAACAAAACCCGGAUUAGCCGUCGUCUGCGCGCGACCAUCAGGUCUCGCCACGGAAACUUUGCUGCUGAACUGGACUUCCUGGUGACCCCACGAAUCACUGGUGAGCUUCCGGUGAAAUCCUUCGACGCCUCGGAGUGGCCCAUCUCAAGCGAACUUGUGCUGGCCGACCCGGCGUUCAACAAACGAGGACGCGUCGAUAUGCUGAUCGGCGCCGAAUACUUUUGGAACCUGCUACUAGACGGCCGCUACGAACUCGGCCCCGACCGACCUGUGCUGAGGAACACCAAGCUGGGUUGGAUUGCCGGAGGUGUGAUUGCGAGCGAUGCGACGGUCGUUGCGCGCACACUUUGCCAGACGUCUGAAGAAGAGCCGCUCAUCGAGCUGCUGAAGAGCUUCUACAAGGUGGAGGCUUGCGACGAGAUCCGCUCAUCCCCGACGGCGGACGACGAGUUGUGUCUGGAGCACUUCCAGCGCACACACGAACGAACUGAGGAAGGGCGCUACGUGGUACGACACCCUUUCAACGAACGCAAGCGCGAGCUGGGAGACUCGCGUGAGAUGGCGCUGCGGCGUUUUCUGGCUCUGGAGCGGAAACUGGACAAGCAGCCCGAACUGAAGGAGCAGUACUCGCAGUUCAUCCGAGAGUACGAGCAACUCGGACACAUGCGAGUGAUCGAAGAAGCGCCGAACGAGGACCCGGGAUCGGCGUUCUACCUGCCGCACCACUGCGUGCUGAGGCCCACGAGUACGACAACCAAGCUGCGGGUCGUGUUCGACGGGUCGGCGAAGACGUCCACGGGCGUCUCGAUCAACGACGUUCUGAGGAUCGGCCCAACAAUCCAGAACGACCUGACGGCGAUCCUGCUCCGAUUCAGAGGCUUCCAGUUCGUCUUCACGCUCGACAUCCCGAAGAUGUUCCGGCAAGUGCGCGUCCAUCCGGAAGACACAAGGUACCAGCGAAUCUUUUGGAGGUACGACCGGAACGAUUUUCUUACCGUUCGAGAGCUGCUCACGGUGACGUACGGCUUGGGACCCUCGCCGUUCCAAGCAACCAUGGCUCUGAAACAAGCUGCAGCAGAUCACGAAGACGAGUUCCCGAGGGCCGCCGAAGUGGUCGACAAGGGAACGUACAUGGACGACGUACUGACGGGUGCCGAUACGCUUGCUGAGGCGUGCGAACUCCAACGGGAGAUGACCGGGCUCCUAGCGAAAGCCUGCUUCGGCGCCCACAAGUGGUGCGCGAACCACUCCGACCUCUUGCGAGAGGUCCCUGAAGAGCUGCGUGGCAAUUCGUUCGAGGUCACCGACGACAGCUCUAAGACGAUCGUGAAAACGCUGGGCGUUACGUGGAACCCGUUUGAGGACUUGUUCUCGGUGUCAGUGCCCGACUUCGACGACCUGGAAGAAGUGACUCGGAGGAAGCUUUUGAGUCAGCUGGCCAAGAUCUUCGACCCCUUGGGAUUCUUCGGCCCAGUCAUUACUUACGCGAAGCUGUUCCUGCGAGAAGUUGGCGAGCUGCACAUCGAGUGGGAUGACCCGGUCCCAACAGACAUCGGCGAGAAGUGGCGGAGCUUCCGCAUCGAGUUGACCGCGCUGAGAGAAGUGCGACUGCCGAGAUGGAUCUCCUGGAAAGGCGCGCUCAAGCUUGAACUGCACGGGUACGCGGACGCAUCUGAUCUGGCUUACGGUGCGUGCAUCUACGUGAAGGGCUUCUUCGCGAACGAGGAGACCGAGAUGAGAUUGAUCUGCAGCAAGUCUCGAAUCCUGCCCAAGAAACGGAAGCCCAAGGAGAAGGCCGUCAAGCACCACCUGAAGCGGAUUGUCGGCGAGCGAAAGUUGUCCUACGAGGAACUCUACACCACGCUGACCCAGAUCGAAGCUGUUUUGAACUCGCGGCCUCUAGUGCCGAGCUCGGACGACCCGUCGGACUACACCGCGAUCACGCCAGCGCACUUCUUGAUCGGACGCGAGAUGCAGGCCGUGCCAGAACCAGACUACUCGCACCUGAAGGAGAACCGACUGUCGCGAUGGCAGCUGGUGCAGACCAUGCUGCAGCACUUCGGGAGACGGUGGACAGCUGAAUACCUGCCGGAGCUGCAAAACCGAUCGAAGUGGCUGAAGACGAAGAUCAUCAAGGAGGGUUCGCUCGUGCUGCUCGUGGACCAGAACGCGCCACCUUUGCAGUGGCCCCUUGGACGGAUCGUGACCGCGCACCCCGGAGAGGACGGCGUGACUCGCGUCGUUACGGUGCGCAUGGCGAAUGGAGCGGAGUUCAAGCGUGCGGUGACCGAGGUGUGUUUGCUGCCGUUGGACGAGGACGAGGAUUGA